UGCAGAUAUCAUUAAAUGUGGCAUUUUUUCAAAACCUUUGCUUUUUCCACUUUUUUGCUCCUUCCUUCCUUCCUCCAUAGCUCUGACAAAAGCUCUCUGCAGAUAAAAAAAAAACUUCAGAUAUUUUCUGGGUUUAUGUAUUCACAGUUUAUAUCUCCAUUCAUACUCACUGAUUCAGGUUUUUUUUUUUUUUCGUUGCUGAUUUUUUUUUUUUAAGAUUCGGCGAGAGUGGAGAAGAUCAUCGAAGAGAAAACAAAAAUCAUGAGCGGAACGAUGUUUGUGAAACGGAAUCCGAUUAGAGAAGCCACCGCCGGAAAAAACUCUUCGCCGUCGUCACCGACUUCGAAUGGUAAAAACCAGUUCUGCUUAAAAGCUAUCGUUUCUCCAUUUUUGUCCCCGGAAAAUCUCAAAUCGAUUAGAGUCGUCAUGGUGAGCAAAAUCACGGCGAGCGACGUGUCUCUCCGAUACCCAAGCAUGUACUCACUCCGAUCGCAUUUCGAUUUCAGUAGGAUGAACCGGAAUAAACCGUUGAAGAAGAGGAGCGGCGGCGGUGGUGGUGGUGGUAAAGGUCUUAUUCCUGUGUUCGACGAGAGCCAUGUGAUGGCUUCGGAGCUAGCUGGAGAUUUGCUUUACAGAAGAAUCGCUCCUCAUGAAGUUUCUCUGAAUAGAAAUUCUUGGAGUUUCUGGGUUUCUUCUUCUCGCAGGAACAAUACUAGGCUCUGCCGCGCUGUUUCACCGGAGGGAAAGUGUUCGUCUGAGCUUAAAUCGGGAGGGAUGAUUAAGUGGGGGAGGAGAUUGCGUGUUCAGUACAAGAGUCGUCAUAUUGAUUCUAAGAAGAAUACGGAAGGUGAGGAGAGUUCUAGAGUGAAGGAGGUAGGGGUUCGCAAAGAAGAGACUGAGGAAGAAGAUGAUGAUGAUGGGAAUGAAACUGAAGAGGCUGAACAGAUUGAAAAGGAGGUAACUGAUGGGAAUCGUAAGAGAAAGCUUAUUGAGUCAAGCACUGAUCAGAGACUUGCUCAGAGGGCUAAUGUUUAUGAUCAGAAUAAGGACAAUCAAAUUGUGGUCUAUAAGAGGAGAGCAGAGAAGAAGUUCAUUGACAGAUGGUCUCUUGAUAGGUACAAACUAGCUGAGAGGAACAUGUUAAAAGUGAUGAAGGAGAAGAAUGCAGUGUUUGGCAACUCCAUACUCAGGCCAGAGUUGAGGUCAGAAGCAAGGAAGCUGAUCGGUGACACGGGUCUUUUAGAUCAUAUGCUUAAACACAUGGCAGGUAAGGUGGCUCCUGGUGGCCAAGAUAGGUUUAUGAGAAAGCACAAUGCAGAUGGAGCAAUGGAGUAUUGGUUGGAGAGUUCUGAUUUGAAUCACAUAAGGAAAGAAGCAGGAGUUCAAGAUCCUUACUGGACGCCUCCACCUGGUUGGAAACUUGGUGAUAACCCUACUCAAGAUCCUGUCUGCGCCGGAGAAAUCCGUGAGAUCAGAGAAGAAUUAGGUAGCCUGAAAAGGGAACUGGAGAAACUGGCGUCAAAGAAGGAAGAGGAUGAGCUUGUUAUCGUGACUACACCUAAUUCUUGUGUUACUAGUCAGAACGUGGACCACGAUAAUCUGAUGACUCCAGCAAAGGAAAUCUAUGCUGAUCUGCUGAAAAAAAAAUACAAAAUUGAGGACCAGCUAAUGAUAAUUGGAGAAACCUUGCGUGAAAUGGAGGAAGGCAUGGGAUGGCUUAAGAAAACAGUGGACGAGAACUGUCCUAGAAAUCCAGACUCAUCAGAGACACCUUUGCUACUAGAGAAUUCGCCAACAUUGGAGGCAGUACUAGAAGGAGAAGUGAAGGAGUUGAACAAGGGAAACCAAACCACACAGUCACCUAGAAACAGAGAAAAAGGCAAGAAGCAUGAUCAACAAGAACGAUCACCACUCUCACUUAUAAGCAACACUGGUUUCAGAAUGUGUAGGCCUGUGGGAAUCAUCGCAUGGCCCAAUUUGCCUGCUCUUACUUCUGCUACUGAUACUGUGUCGUCAAACAGUAAUGAUGCGCUUGCUUCUUCGACAAGUCACCAACCAACUUACCCAUCUCUUUGUCCAGUCAAGCCACUUGCAGCUAAGCGUCCUCUAGGCUGGCCUUUUCCCUUCACCGUCACUCCCGAAGAAGCUCCCACAAAGCUCUUCGACAUUUGAAAACUGAUGCAUCAGAUCUUACUUACUUCUCAUGCAAGUAAGAUGAUGUGAAUUGGUAUGGUCUCUUUCCACGAAAGAUUCAAUAACUUACAAAGGAAGCAGGUAUUUACAAAGAUCACUUAUUAAAUAAGAAACUACUAUUCUUAUGGGAAUAAUUUGGCAAAAUUUUGAAAUUCUUCCUCUUUAAUUUAGGGGUUUGAUGUCUCUGAUUACUAUUGAGUAUAGAUAGAGAGAGAUGAUUUGAAUAGAGAGGCUUAUCAUAGGAAUAUAUUAUUUUCAAGACUGUCUGGGAUCAUAUUCUGUAUUACAGAACGGUUUCUAAUAUAUGAUACAGUUAUAUAUUAUACUUAAUUGUUCAAUAUGUGGAGCUUUU